AACCUGUCGGCAAGGCAGAAAAAAUGGAUUGCGCGCAUAAAAGGAUGGUUGCAGGGCGCUGCUGACGCUCUUCCCCCCACUUGGUCCUGACCAGAACCCGCCGUCGGCUGCCUGGAAUUCCUCGGCCCGAGCCAUCGCCUGUCUCUUGCCCGCUCCCCACCAUCCCAAACCCACCCGCCUCAUCUCGCUAUGGGCAAGCCCGACACCAAGACCGCCGACGACGGCAACGUUGCGAUCUACCGAUGGGACAACGUUGACUGGCUCCACACCACGCUCCUGACCAUCACCCCGCUGACGGCCCUGUAUGCCUUGAUGACCGUCCCGCUGUACUGGCAGACGGCGCUCUGGGGCUUUGUCUACUACCUGAUUACCGCCCUCGGUAUCACCGCUGGCUACCACCGCUACUGGGCCCACCGCUCCUAUGAUGCCUCGCUGCCCUUCCAGCUGUUCCUGGCCUUUGCCGGUACCGGUGCCUUCGAGGGCUCCAUCCGCUGGUGGUCUCGCGGCCACCGUGCCCACCACCGAUACACCGACACCCCCAAGGACCCUUACAGCUUCAAGAAGGGCUUCCUCUGGGCCCACAUCGGCUGGAUGAUCAUGAAGCAGGACUCGAGCUGUGUUGGCCGUGUUGACAUCUCGGAUCUCAACCGCAACCGACUGGUCAUGCUCCAGCACAAGUACUACCUCCUGUUCGCGCCCUUCUGCGCCUUCGUCUUCCCCUCGCUCGUUGCCGGUCUCCUCUGGGGUGACUUUGUCGGCGGAUUCUUCUUUGCUGGCAUUGCUCGCCAGGUGUUCGUCCACCACGCCACCUUCUGCGUCAACUCGCUGGCCCACUGGGUUGGAGAGCAGCCUUUCGACGACAAGCGCACUCCCCGCGAUCACUUCAUUACCGCCCUGGUGACUUGCGGCGAGGGCUACCACAACUUCCACCACGAGUUCCCCUCCGACUACAGAAACGCCAUCAAGUUCUGGCAGUAUGAUCCCACCAAGUGGUUGAUUUUCCUGAGCUCCCUCGUUGGCCUGACCUACAACCUGAAGAUGUUCCCCGAGAACGAGAUCCAGAAGGGCCGUCUCCAGAUGCAGGAGAAGGUCAUCGCCGCCGCCAAGAAGAGACUCAACUGGGGUGUCCCUGUCGAGCAGCUCCCCUCUCUCUCUUGGGACGAAUUCCAAAGCGAAGUCCAGGCUGGCAAACCCCUCCUGAUCAUCGACCACGUUGUCUACAACGUCGACAAGUUCAUGGACGACCAUCCCGGUGGCAAGGGCUUCCUCAAGGCGUCGAUCGGCCGCGAUGUGACCCAGUCGUUCAACGGCGGCAUCUAUGACCACUCGAAUGCCUCCCGCAACCUCAGCUCGAGCAUGCGUUACGCCAAGCUUGAGGGACCCAUCCCCGAGAGCUUCAUCGCCCGAGAGGAGUAACUCCUUAGGCGCUUCUGUCGUUUGUGAAUUUACCAUCUCACUCUCUGGUCCGCCAACCCGAUCGCGGAUCCAGUCUGUAUAUUCGAACUCUGCCUCCUUGUGCUUCGAAACCUGAUCUCGCAGCCACAGUCCGACCCACGGACCUGCUGUGGGCCCAGCUGCUCUCUUGGCGCCUUUGCAAACUCAUAACCUUUUUUCCCUGCGCACGCGAUGCGUAUUGGGCGCCUUUUAUCUUCGGGCACCAUGUCCAAUCUCUCCCCAUGUCGACGAUUCGUACAAAAUGCAAUGGAAUGGGGCAUUCCUGUGUUCAUGGCCAGCGGUAACCUUUACCCCCUGGAUUUCCCAAUACACACCCUUCCACGACUCGCACUGUGCUUAUCGAUAGCACCUCGGUGUUUGCGCUGCGAUGCCAUGGCUUGA